AUAUUCAAAUUUAAUGUUAAUGAUGGAAUUAUCCAGGAUUUUUCUUAUGACUUUUGUAACAUCUACUAAAGCAAAAUAUAACAGGUAUUUACGUAUAUAUUGCAAUUAGAAAACAAUCAAAAAUAUUAGUUUAAAUAUAUAUUAAAAAAUUGUUAUUAUGUGUAAUUUUAAGUUUAUAUUGUGCACUUUUUCCAAGUCACAAAUAAAAGAACCAGGUAAAUUCCUCUCCAUUCUUAAAAUCACUUUCAUUGAAUAGUUGUAUACAAAAAAAAAUUCGGCCGUUUCUAUAGACAUUUUUGAUUCUCUCCCGCAUUCCUUAAUUUUCAUAUUUUGUUUUUGGAAAAUCUAUAAUAUAAACCAAAAAACCAUAAAUUUAUAUAAAAAAUAAUAUGAUAUCAAAUAUCUUGUUGAUACUUUAAAGGAGUGUUUGUUUAAAUUGCUAUUCGCUCUGAAGUAAAACUUUGAAUUUAUAAAUGUGGGAAUUUCCAUUUUGCAUAAAUUAUCAAUUGGCGGCAAGAUGCUCAUGCUAGCAGCAUAUGUAGCCAGAACUCCAAAGCGAAAAGAAUGGCGCUUUUCAAAAAAGUAAAAGAAUAUUUUGUUGUUAAUUGUCAAGAUGAGGUAUAGAUUAUUUAUGUAAUUAUAUUGAAUAAUAUUAUUAUAUUAUGAAUCAUUAUAAAACUAUUUGCUUUUUCAAAUGAAAGCAUUAAAGUUUAUCUAACUUAACAAUACUAAACAGGAUAUAAUACAAGAUCUUUUGCUAACGGUUGACCACAACUGUAGGAUUCAUAUAUAUAUAUAUAUUCAAAUUCCAAAAGAAUACUAACUAACCCAUUCUUAUGUACUAUUUGUUUAUAAAGAAAACGAAAAUGGCCUCAGAAGCAGAUUCACAAAUAGCAAAUGAAGAAGAAUUUAUUGAUCUAAAGAAAACGGCCAAUGAUAAAGCACAUAUCGAAGAAGGUAAUCAACUUCUCACUUCGGAUCCAGAAAGCGCGAAAGAGAAAUCUGAUUUGAGCAGUAAGAAAAAUAGAGGAGAGUGGGGAGGAAAGUUCGAAUUCUUACUAUCAUGCUUAUCGUAUGCAGUAGGGCUUGGGAAUCUAUGGCGAUUCCCAUACCUCUGCUACAAAAACGGUGGAGGCGCAUUUCUCAUACCAUACACAGUUAUGCUCCUGGUGGCAGGGAUUCCUCUAUUUUUUCUAGAAUUGAGUUUUGGGCAGAAAGCUAAAGAAGGUGUUAUAUCAAUAUGGAAAAUUUGUCCUCUCUUUCAAGGAAUUGGAUGGGGAAUGUUUCUGGUCUCCCUGUUCAUUUCCAUCUAUUACAAUAUGAUCAUCGCAUGGACAUUAUUCUAUUUGGGUAGUUCUUUUAGCAGUGAUGUACCCUGGCGCCAUUGUGAAAACGACUGGAAUACUGGAGAAUGCGGCGUUCAUAAAUUCUUAAUGUUGAAAAACUGUACAGAAAUUUUAAAGGGAUUGUUCUACAACAACACGUGUUUAACUAGAGAUGAGAUUGGUAACAGCCAAUUUGAAAUAAUGAGCAAUUGGACAAACGUUAGCACAAAAGCUGACCACAAUAGUAUUGCGUAUCCAAGCGAUGAAUUCUUCCACAGAAAUGUCCUGCAGAUGUCGGAAGGAUUUCAUGAUUUUGGAACGCCAAAUUUGUCAUUAUCCAUGGCACUUUUAGGGGCCUGGAUUCUUGUAGGAAUUUGCCUUAGUAAAGGGAUCAAAUCUGCAGGCAGGGCAGUUUAUUUUACUGCAACAUUCCCAUACUUGGUUUUAAUUAUACUUCUAAUCAGGGGAUUGACUCUUGAAGGAUCAUUCGAAGGAAUAAAAUUUUAUUUGACACCCGAGUGGAGUCGUUUAGCAACUGCAAAAGUAUGGGGGGACGCGGCAGUACAGAUUUUCUUCUCAUUAUCACCUUGCUGGGGUGGCUUGAUUACUCUUGCAUCUUAUAACAAGACGAAUAAUAACUGUCUAAGGGAUGCAUUAGUCGUUUCUAUCGCAAAUUGUUUAACAUCGUUUUUUGCCGGAUUCGUUAUAUUUGGUAUUAUUGGAUUUAUGGCAAAUGAAAUGGGUCUAGAUGUUGGAAAGGUGGCUAAAAGUGGAGCUGGUCUUGCCUUUAUUGUGUAUCCGGAAGUAGUGUCUCGACUACCCAUAUCACCGCUAUGGGCAAUUUUAUUUUUUCUAAUGCUGCUAACACUUGGUCUUGGUACACAAUUUGCAGUUGUUACUACAGUUCACACUACCUUAUUGGAUGUGUUUCCAAGUGUCUUACGUCGAGGAAAGAGACCAAUGUUGGUUAUGUUGGGUAUUUGUAUAUUUGGUUAUUUGGUUGGGUUGAGCUGUACUACAAGAGGAGGAAUCUAUCUUUUACAAUUAAUCGACAAUUACGCAGCUUCUUAUUCUGUGCUAAUUAUUGGUUUAUUCGAAUGCUCCGUUCUCUCAUGGGUUUAUGGUGUUGAUAAAUAUAUAGACACUAUUAGCGACAUGCUUACGUUUCGUGUUCCAAUAGUGUUUAAAUAUAUGUGGAAGUAUGUAACGCCGAUUAUAUUAAUUGCAAUUAUGUUAUUCACUUGGAUUGACUAUCAGCCUUCCUAUUACGGGUCAUACAUUUUCCCAACUUGGGCCGACUCCUUGGGAUGGACUAUUUCAAUGACAUCAGUUUCAGCUAUUCCAAUUGUAGCGUUUUAUAAACUUUUCAUGCGGAAAUCUGUUGAAGGAGAAAGUUUUAUGGAUAAAAUCCGAGAUUUAUGUAAACCUGACGAUACCUGGGGAAAGCCAUUCUCAAUUACUAAAGCCACAGGGAACAAAGAACUUUAUCAGACAAACAGUCGUUCGGAGACACCUUCAGAAAAUAAUGAGAAGGUUUGACAAACAAAGAAAACUAGUGACAUUACUUCACGUAAGAAAUCUCACAUACCUAAAGUUACUUGUUGUAAAAGUCUGUUUUGUUUGGUAUUCAAUCUUCAUUCUAGUUGUAAAGUUUGAUGCGAUUGUGCGGGUUAUUUUUUUACCUGGCUUUAUAAAUAUUUCACAAGUAUAUUAAUAUACUUGUAGAAUAAUUAUAAAACUAGAUAAAAACUCUUGCGAUCUAGUCAAACUUUAUAAUAUGAAAGGGAAUUAAAUCCCCAGUAAAAUAGCCUUUUAUGAAAGAAAAUUUAGGUAUGAGACAUUUCUUUUAUAGCGAUUUUUUAAAUUUCCUUUUUGGGGUAGGGUUUUCUUAGGAUGAUUUUACCCUAGUCUUAUUUUUUAUCUGUUUUCAAAUAUGAUUCAUUUUAACUAGAAUGCUAUAAAACGAAAAUAAGCUCAGGGUAAAAUGGUGCUAAGAAGGAAAGAGUAAAACGUUAUAUUGCUCUACCUCUUCUGAUAGGGAAAUUUAUGCAUUUUUCAAAUUCUUUCUUGAUAUAAAUAUUUCUUUCAUAUAAAAUAUUUUGUUUAAUACAAAAAACAUAUUUCCAAAGUGUAUAAAUCUUUCUUACUAUUUAAAAAAAUAAGAUAAAUUACCUUUAAAAGAAUAAACAGAUGCUUUGAUAGAGCCUCAUCGGAAAAUGUCAAAUUUUCUCUCCUUUUUUUUUUACAACAUCUAAAGAUUCUUUUUUGUAUACAGUGUAUUUUAGUUACAAGAGAUAUAGGAACAAAACUCUCUUUAACCUUGCUCUCUCUACCUGAGUACAACUGUAAUUAACGUGAAAAAGAAUUCUGUGUAGGUAUCUUUAGUUCUUAAUUUGAAGAGGACUAAUUUAGCCCACAAGCAAAGUUACUUUGCUACUAAUGUCUUAAUAGAUAUAUUCUCUAUUACCACAAUUUAUAACUAAUUUUAUGCAGUAAACCUAUCAUCAAAAUCUUUUAUAAAUAUAAGAGACUGUUAAUUUUAAUUGAACAGGACAGAGAUGAUAAAGUUUCCUCCAAUUUUUUCAUUUUUUAUUCAAGAGUUUAAUGUAAUGGAAAAUAAAACAAGAAAAGAAUAAUGAUUGUAAAAGUAAUAUAUCAGAAUAUUCAAUAUCAGAGAAUGUGAUUGUACAGGUUGUUGCCAGUCGAACAAAUCAAUUAAAUAAACAUUAAUGAAAGGGGCGUAAAUCUGUAUUAUUCCUUCAGCAGUAUGCAGCAGGUAUUGCAUAUACAUGUAUAGAUCUAUUUUUAACAACCAUUUAAUAAGAUAUUCUAAUGCUAAGCUCUUCCGGUCGAAUCUUUUUUCAUAGUAUUAUAAGAUCGAUUUGACAUAGUUUUUUUUCUGUAAAACUCCUUCCUUGUCACUAGCUUUGAUGAUUGUUUGAUGUAUUUUCAUGAAAAUAGUAGCUAAAAGAUAUUCAGUAUUCAAUAAAUAAAGAUAAUUGAAUUGUUUCAAGUCUAGACAGAUACAGUGAAAACUGUAAUCGAAAUUGAAGUGCUCUUUAAACCUCUUUAAAUCUUUAGAAGUAGGAUAAGCUCAACGUUUUAAAAAUGAAAAAAAUGAUCGUUUUUAUCCGAAAAAGAGAUCACAUUUUUUCCAUACUGGACAAUAAUUUUAUAACAUGUGCAAACUUUCCAUAAAGCAAACUAUAGGAUAAAUCAUCUUUGUAGCUUUUAAAUCUAGUUCUUUCUUCAAAAGGAAUAGAGAUUAUCUCAUAUUUGCAUACCUGUUUAAAAUUGAUUCCAUUCAUAAAAUAUAUUAGUAUUAUAUUAUAUUCUAAUAUAAAUUAAAUGAGAUUGUUUUGAAA